GAAGUGAUUAUCCAACUCACUUCCAGUCUGGCCGGAUCCUUGAUUGGUUACAUCCUGCCUUCCAUUGCUGUGCUGUCUGCCUAUGGAUUCUCUCGAUCGUCCAAAGACCGCCGAUUCGCGUUCUAUCUGCUAAUUGUGGGUGUGUCCCUUUUCGUGAUCGGUCUUGUGUCUGUUUCCAUUUCGGAUCCUCAGACGAUUCAUUUGCCACACGUGACUGGUCCUGUCGUCGGACCUCCAGAUAUCCCCGGAUAUAUGGAUCCCUCGGUCCCCGACACCGUGGAUUCCAGGAAAAGUAAUGCGCAAUCGUCCCUACAUCAAAUUCAGUUGGACAUGGAUGUUGAACAACAGCAACGAGUUCUUUCAGAGCGUAAGAAUAAUAAAAAAGAAAGAUUAAGACCGUUUUCACGCUCGUCUAGUGGUCAACCAGUUCGGGAAACUGCUGGUUUAGUGACCAAACGACCAACGAAACAUGUCUCAGUUGGUCAUGUGACUCGGGAUACUUCCUCUCAAAUAAAUUCAACGGUUACACAUCAAGUUCAUGCACAAAAUAAGCCAAACGUCCAAGGGGUCGUUCAACCAAAGAUUCUAGAUGAAAACAAUCUCAACGAUCAAUUGAUACCAAGUGAGCCAAUCGACAGGGAUCAGUUGCAGGUGGGCAAGUCUAAAGAGAAUAGUUUAUCAAACGAGGCUCAUCGACCCAUUCAAGUUGAAGUGGUUGAACCGAAAGCUCCAGUCGAAUUGAAUCAAGACGCAAGAUUAGUUCCAGAUGAGUUAAGUGCUAAAGCACAGCCGGAUUCGGGCAAGUCGAAGGAUGCUGGUCAGUCAGACGCGGCUCCACAACCUGUUCAAGUUGAAGUGGCCGAACCAAAAGCUCCAGUCGAAUUAAAUCAAGAUGCAAGAUUAGUUCCAGAUGAGUUGAGUGCUAAAGCACAGCCGGAUUCGGGCAAGUCGAAGGAUGCUGGUCAGUCAGACGCGGCUCCACGACCUAUUCUAGUUGAAGUGGCCGAACCGAAAGCUCCAGUCGAAUUGAAUCAAGACGCAAGAUUAGUUCCAGAUGAGUUAAGUGCUAAAGCACAGCCGGAUUCGGGCAAGUCGAAGGAUGCUGGUCAGUCAGACGCGGCUCCACAACCUGUUCAGGUUGAGGUGGCUGAACCGAAUGCUCCAGUUGAACUAAAACGGGCAAAGAUCAAUCAUGGACAAGAUGGCAGUCCGGAGCAUUCAGAGGGAGUGAACGCUCUUUCAGCCCGUCAGCUAUUAGAGCACUCGAUCGAUAGUCAUCAUAGUUUCUCCUCACAGACAAAUAUACCAUCUCGACCACUUGUUAAUAGGAAAUCAGAUCCAAAAUUGCCUUCGAUUUCCGAUUCGCAAAACCAAACAGCAGGCGAGUAUUUGCUUAUCUCCGAUCCAGGGUUGAAACAAAAUGGACAGAAGGUACUUUCUAACAACGGGCUAGCUUCCACACAUGCAGAUUCACUGCCGCUAUCACGGAACGCCUCAAUCGAGAGUCCAUUGAAUGCCGAUGCGAAAUCUCGGCAGAAAUUGCAUGCAAAUUCAGUGAUCAAGACCAACCGACAGACAAACGCAGUUAACGUUCCCUUGUCACCACAAUCGACUAAGCCUGUCCUCAUGCCCGUUCGGCCAAAAGCCAGACGGCUGGUUGCUAAUCCGGAAAAAUCAAAGGCAAACAUUGAACUACCGUUGGAAUCUCAAGAAGACAACGGAACCUUGACUCGGCUUGAUGCUAGUGCAGUGAAUUCGUCAAAUAGCCAGAAUUUACCAGAGGUUACGCAAACUGCGUCAAGUUCCAACUCUUCAACAGAUAAGUCGGAACAAUUCGUGAAACAGUACCCAGAUUUAUUGUGA